AGUAAUCUCUCUCUCUCUCAACUGGGUUUAGAAGAUAAAAUUGAAAUUAUGCUCUAGAUAUUUGGCUCAGAGAAAGAAGAUUAGUUGUGGCUUAAUCGUUUGGGUGUUUCUCUCUCAAGUUUUCAACUAUCAUCUCUACGAUCGAAAGAACACAAAGGCCACCAGUCACAUUGCCCCGGAGAAUCGGACUAUUUAAAGAACAUCUUACUGAUUUGGUGCUUCUAAUAGCUUAAUUGAUUUUUCAAGUUGGGAAUCUCAACGAUGAGCUCUACAAAGGCAAAUACAAGUAAAAACAAGAUGAAGGAAACUUUCGUGGACUUGGUAUUUUCUUGGUCUCUCAAAGAUGUACUUAAUGGCCAACUGUUCAAAGAAAAGGUGGAGAAGAUCCCCAAGACGUUCUUGUCAAUAGAGCAUUACUUAAGGUCAUAUAGGUUCCCUCUUAUUGAGGAGACACAUGCUGAUUUAAAUUCAAGCUUUUUGGGUAUAGCUCAAGCACCUGUAUGUGAAAUAUUGUAUGUUCAGAGAAUUACAAAAAACAAGCCACCCAAUGAUUUGUGUUAUAACAUUGUACUUAAAAAAAGAAAUAUGGAUGGUAAGCAAGACAAAAGAAUGUAUGAACCUGGGAAUGGAGAUCUUAUUGUGUUGUCAGAUGUAAAACCUCAAUCCGCUGCUGAUCUUAGUGGAACCCAAAAAUCCUAUAUUCUUGCAUUAGUCACAGGUGGGGGAAAUGGAGACAAUCCUCUUAGAGUCAAAGUCCGAGCAUCAAAGGAAAUUGUGAUUGAGCAAAAAAGGCAGAACAAGAGGCCGACUCUUUUUGCUGUCUAUUUGAUAAACAUGACAACAAAUAUUCGUAUAUGGGAAGCAUUGAACUCUGACAUCCACAAGGGAAACAUGAGUAUCAUCAAGGAAGUGUUGUGCACUGAUUCAAUUGUUGGAGUGAAUUGUGAUCACUGCUUUGCUCAAGAUGAAAACUUGCAUGAGAAAAAGUUGCUUGCAGAUUUACACUCAAUCAGUCUCAAUGGAUCUCAAAGUAAGGCUGUGGCAAGAUCUAUUAUGACAAGGAAUUGCAAACAUAAGAGCUCAGUUAAACUUAUCUGGGGUCCCCCUGGUACUGGGAAAACAAAGACAGUUAGUGUAUUGCUUUUGGAAUUCCUAAGGUUGAAAUGCAGAACGCUUACAUGUGCCCCUACUAAUAUUGCAGUAAUGGAAGUCAUUUCACGUCUCUUGAGAUUGGUUAGGCAGCAUUUUAGACAUCACAAUUUUGGCUUGGGAGAUAUAGUAUUAUUUGGAAAUGGGGAAAGGAUGAAGAUUGAUGACCAUGAUGACCUUCUUGAUGUAUUUCUUGAUUAUCGCUUAGAUCGUCUUAAAGAGUGUUUUUCCCCUCAUAAUGGAUGGAAGCAUUGGCUAAAUUCCAUGAUAUUGUUGCUUGAAGACCCUGCUCAGCAGUAUCUUUUGUACUUGAAAAGCAUAAAGAAGAAAGAAGAGAAGCAGGAUUCUGCUCAAAUAGAGAAACAAGAUAUCAAAAAAUGGAAGGGCAAGGAGGAGAGUGUUUGUGUGGAAGAAAGGAAAGGUGAGGACAAACCUGCACAAAACCUAAAGGAAGGGAAAAUGGAGAAAGAUAUUGUGCAAACUAGGAUAAAUAAAGUAGAGGAAGAUGGGAAAGUUAAUGAGUUUCAGACACUUGGACAGUUUAUAAGAGCAAGGUUUGGUUCCAUUGAGAAAUGCCUAGAGCUUUUUAUUAAAAUUUUUUGUACCCACCUUCCUACAUCUUUUAUUUCAGAAGGAGUUGUACAGAAAAUGGUAAGAGCUCUUGAUCUGCUUCAAUCUCUAGGGACACUCUUACAAAAUGUUUCUCUUACAAAUGAAGAGUUGGAGGAAAUCUUUCCUCAUUCUAAAAAUGUAAAUAACAAUGAUAGUGGAUCUGCAGCAUAUUUGGUUUAUAAGACUAAAAAAAUGUGCCUUGAGAAUCUCAGAUCCCUUUGUGAAACAUUCUCUGUUCCUGAAUUUUCUGAUGAAGAUUCAAUUAGAAAGUUCUGUUUUAGGAGUGCUCAUUUGAUUUUCUGCACUGCUUCAAGCUCAUCUAAGCUGCAGGAAGAAUGGAUGACACCAAUGGAAAUUGUAGUUAUUGAUGAAGCUGCCCAACUUAAAGAAUGUGAAUCAACCAUUCCCCUACAACUUCCUGGUGUUCAACAUGCUAUUCUUAUAGGUGAUCAACAUCAAUUGCCUGCAAUGGUAAAAAGCAAGAUCUCUGAGAAGGCUGAAUUUGGAAGGAGUUUGUUUGAGAGGUUGGUGGCUUUGGGGCAUGAUACGCACCUUUUAAAUGUCCAGUACAGAAUGCAUCCAUCCAUAAGCUUAUUCCCAAAUUUGGAAUUCUACAAAAAACAGAUCUCAGAUGCUCCGAAUGUAAAAGAAAGAUGCUAUGAAAGGCAAUUUCUUAAUGAUAAAAUGUAUGGCCCUUAUUCAUUUAUAAAUAUUUCUAAUGGUAAGGAAGAAUUUCAUGGGUGCAGCCAAAAAAAUAUGGUAGAGGUAGCUGUGGCGUCAGAGAUAGUGAAACAUCUCUAUAAAGCUUCAGUUGCCACAAGACAGAGGAUUAGUGUUGGUGUUAUAUCCCCAUACAAGGCUCAAGUUUUUGCAAUCCAAGAGAAACUUGGAAGUACAUAUGAGACACAAAGUGACUUUUCUGUGAGUGUUCGGUCUGUUGAUGGGUUUCAAGGUGGUGAAGAGGAUGUGAUAAUAAUAUCUACAGUCAGGUCUAAUGGGAAUGGAUCAGUAGGUUUCCUUGCAAAUCUUCAACGAACCAAUGUGGCUUUGACAAGGGCAAGGUACUGUCUUUGGAUUUUAGGGAAUGGAGAAACAUUAAUCAAAAGCAGAACCAUUUGGAAAAAAGUAGUACUUGAUGCAAAGAAUCGUGGGUGUUUCUUUAAUGCUGACAAGGAUAAGAUCCUGUCUGAAGCAAUAAUAUCUGUUCUGAUUGAGAGUGGCCAGCUUGAAAGUUUAUUCAAUAUGGAUUCUCUACUUUUCAGGAAAGCAAGGUGGAAGGUUCUCUUCAAUGAUGAUUUUUUGAAAUCCAUGAGAAGAAUAAAGAAAGUUGAGACUCAAAAGGAAGUUAUUUCUAUUUUGAUGAAGCUGUCCGGUGGUUUGCAUCAUUGUCAAAAGCCAAAAGACCUCCAUUUCAUUGAUAGCACUUCUAGUCAGCUGUUGCAACUAUGCAAAGUUGAUGCAUUGCUCAACCUUGUCUGGACUGUAGAUCUUCUCAAGCAAAAUGCAAUGUACAUUCAAGUUUUAAAGAUUUGGGAUGUUAUACCGUUGACAGAGAUUCCUAAUCUAGUAGAGAAUCUUGACAAAAUCUUCAGCAAUUAUACACUAGACAUUAUGGAUCGUUGCAAAUUAAAAUGUGUUAAAAGAAAUUUGGUAGUACCACUGAGUUGGAAAAUCCAUCCAAAUACUACUAGGCUCAUGGAUGCCCAAAAGGUUGAACCUGUUCAGAAUGUAUCGAAUACUUUAGCUUCACUUAGACUUGAGGAGCAACCAAAUAUUCCACCUUCAUCUAGAAACCCGAAAGUACCAGUUCAGAAUUUGUCAAGUCAUAUAACUUCACUCACUCAUUUGGAGAAGUUGAAUGUGGUGCCAUCAGUGUCCAAAAAUUUGGCAGUUCCCAUGGAUGGAGAAAUUCAUUCAAAUUCUACUAGGCCCGUGGAUGUAAAGAAGACUGUACCUGUCCAGAGUCUGUCAAGUCAUUUAGCUGCAUCGUCUCUUGGGGAUAAACUGAAUUCAUCACGACUAGAAUCUGAGUCUGUAGACCAAUCAACCUCCACCCAGUUCAAUGAAACAAGUUCAUCAGGAGUGCACGAUGGUAGCAAUGAAAGUUCCUCUUUUCUUCGCUGUUGUAUUAUGUGAGAGAUCGAGAGAAGGGGGUACCAGAAGUUGUGUCGUCAAAACUCAAAACCACCAUCAGACAUUUGUGUGCAGAAUUUUGCAGCAGUAGCAUUGUGGUUCGGCAUCACUCUGGAAUGGUGGCGUAUGGGGGAACAUAGCAGGAGUUCAAAUCUGCGCCCCACAGUGUCCCACAGCACAUUUCACAUGCACCCCAUGUCCAGUGGAGUUAGUGGAACCAGCCUAUUUUGGGCCUUUAUUGUACAACCAGGGGUAUUUUGGUCAUUUUAGUUUCUUUUACAGAUUCAUAUAUAAGUUAAAGAAACUAGAUGAAUCAACUAAUUUAACUUGAAAAUUUGGCAAUUGUAUA